GUUAUACGCAACUGUAGUGGUGCACACCUGGUAUCUUGCGGGUCCAAACACGGAUACAAGAGGAUAGAUGAUCGUAAGGCUAGCAACAUAAAAUCACCGAAAUAUUACAACAGAAAUGACAAAUACAGUAAUUGGCCAGUUACAUUAAAAGACAAACAGAAAUGAGCGAAACAACUGACCUUGACCUUUUGCUAAUUGGAAAAACCGGAAAUGGCAAAAGCGCAACGGGAAACUCCAUUUUAAUGCACGAGUCAUUUAAACACGUAUCAUCAGCCAAUUCUGUAACUUCAGAAUUACAAGAAGGUUUUGGAAAAUGUGGAGAUCUUAAGAUCAAAGUUGUUGAUAGUCCAGGCGUAGGGGACACCAGAAUGGACAGCCAAAAGGCCACAAUAAUGGUAACGAAAGCCUUGAAAAAAGCGAUUAUGAUAAACCCCAGGGGGUAUCACGCCUUUCUAAUAUUGCUAAAGUAUGGGGGACGCUAUACCGGAGAAGAACAGGAUGCUAUAAAAUACCUCAAGGGUGUUUUCGGCCUUAAUUUCGUUCGAGAGUUCUGCAUUCUCGUCAUGAGUUAUGGAGACAGCUUUAAAACUGACCCAUACAUUCGUGAUGACAUGACAUUUGAGAAAUGGUGUGCCAUUCAAGAAGGGCCGUUGAAGGAGCUGAUGGCUGAAUGCGGAAAUAGGAUUGUCUUGUUUGAUAACCGCACUAAGGAUCCCCGAGAGAAAAAAGCUCAACUGGAAAGAUUGAUCUAUUUGGUUAAUAAUCUCAAGUCUAGAGGCAAACGUUAUACCCAUGAACUUUUCCAAGAGGCGAAAGAAACCAGAAACAAAAUACUUGAAGACGCCAAGGACACAAUCAUACAAGAGAGCAUUUUGGUUGAAGCAACGUUCAUCUUUCAAGAAUUUGAACAAAUUCAAAACUCUGUUGAGUGUAUCGAUGUAAAAUUAAAAUCUGAGAAACUUAAAGAAAAAAGUCAAAACAUUUGUCAUCAAAUUCGAGCUGGAAAAUCGCCCGCCUUUGCAAUGCUGCUUCAAUCCUUAAACUCUUUAAAUAGAAUUAUAGAUUUCCAAAUACACUUUCACGAAAAGGUUUCCCAAGAAAAUGUUAGGCACACUGCAGAAAUGGUAAACCGUCACAAAGGAGACAUGGUAAACAUGUGUUCAGAGUUCAGUAAAGUUCUGACAGAAGUAAACAACGAGGAAGAAGGAAACCAGAAACCUAGCAAUGUUCAAGCCAAAGAUAUUCAAAAAGAUCUAGAACACAUAAAAGAGAUUGGAAAUGUAGUAGAAAGAAGAACAGCAUUUGAAAUGUUUCAAAAGAGGCCAGAAGAGAUUGUGGCAGAGGAGCCAAACACAGUUUGGUAUGAUCAAAGCUCCUGUAGACCACCUGUAAAACCAAGAAAAAAAAUUAAGCCAGUUAAAGCAAUGGUUAAUAGUUACGAACAGCAAAGAAGUCAUACAGAAGAGGGAAAACUUGAUGGAAAGAAUUCGAAAGAUAGAAAGCCCAUUGAAGAAAGACAACAAGCUACAAGCCGAAGUCCAACUGAAGACAGGGAAACAGUCACAGUGACAUCAACUAAAGAGAAAUGUUUUGAACAGACAGAAAAAACGCUGAACAUAACCCAUGACACAGAGAUGAACAUGUUGAUAUUUGCAAGCGUGAAAUCAGACACAAGAACAGUAGAUAAACAGUUAGAGAAGCAGAAGAUGGUUGGCAAAGUGAACAGAUCCAAUGGGAACAAACAAAAUCUAGGUGCUGACGUUGAUGCAGAUUUUAGUAGCACAAGUUCUCCAACACCGAAAAGUUUUGCGACACAGGAAGCGCACACUAAGAAAAAUACAUCAAAGGAAAACAUGUCUGCGCCGAGAAGGGAAACGGACAGAGGAGAAAAUCUCAAUCCAAGCGACAUUAGAAGUAAACUUUACAUCAACACGCACAAUGUGACUAACAAUUCUCUUAUAGUUAUAGCUACACAAGUGCAAGAAAAGACAGACAGACAGACGCCAGAAAUGAAGAGAACAAUGGAACAGAUGGAGAGAAUCCUAGAGGAAACUAAACAAGCGCAAGAACUUUUAAGAAAUGCCAUCAACCAAAACACUGAAAGCUUUCUGUCGAGGGCUUGGGCUUGGCUUACCAAGCCUAUACGAGCUGUUGCCAACUGGGUUGCGUCACAAUUUUAAUUAAACUUAAGACUACAAUAAGUGAGAAGUAGUGACGAUCAAUAUUUAUAAGCCAUUAAAGAAUUUCAAUGCACAAAGUAUGUAACUAGAAUGGUGUUGUGUAUUAUUGUAGUAUUGCUCAUUUAAUAAAUUGUGUAGACACUAUAGUCACCCACAUGGAUUCCAUGUUCGAAUACGUGCCUCUGUAAUCACCAUGAAAUGUACCAACACUAAUAAUAUGUUGCAAUGUUUAUGAAUGAUGAUUCUGUGCUCUAACUAAAAAUGGGUUGUUAUAGUGUUACGUUAUUUACUAUAAUCUCUUCAUAAAAAGUGUCUCCUUAUUCAAUGCCCUUAUUAAGAAAAAAUAAUGAUAAUAAAAGUGUCAUUACUAUUUUGUGUGUGAUUGUAAAAAGUGUGUAUCAGCAAUGAUGUUGUGCUAAUAAAACUUUUACGUCUGUUAUUAUAAUCACUCUCUUAACAAACAACUAGCCUAUGUUAUUGUCUAUCGUAGUCUUUGUAAAGGUUGCCUG